UUUGACACAAGAAUAUCAAAACAGCUGACACCCCCAGAUUUUUAUCGAAAAGUUUGCGUAGUGAAAUAUGAUUUGUGAUAUGUGUUUCUCUAUUAUAUGAUUAAUUUAAAAAAUAAGUAAGUUUUUUGUUGUGUCGCAGUCAUUGUACUUAGCUAGCAUGGGAAAUGAAAAAAUGAUGCCGAUCAGAGAUAAUCAAGAUGUUGCGUGUUUCUUCGUCACAAAACAUUCAUGGAAAGGAAAGUAUAAAAGAAUAUUCUCAGUUGGAUCCCUGGGGAUAACCACAUAUAAUCCAAACACACUAGAUGUAACGAACCGAUGGGUGUACAAUGAUUUCAUUUCCCUUCAGCCGUUGCCAAAAGCUGGCAAUGCAAAUAAUGAGUUCCAAAUAAGUAUGAAAAAACAGAACAAAAUUGAUAAUAUGAGAUUCUCGUCUGAUCACCGAACACAAUUGUUGACAGAAGCUCUGAAAUUUAGGAAUCACUUUGCGGAGAAACCUAAGGAAAUAUUAAGAUAUCAAGCUUAUAAACAUCACUGGUCCGAUGUACGACUGCCAGUACUAUUAGAAGUGACCCCUUAUUCUUUAGAUCAGUUGGAUCCCACAUCCAAUGUAGUUCUUGCCAGUUAUAACUUUAAAGAUUUCGAAGGAAUUUGUAUAACCUCGGAUUAUCCAGGUGGAUUUGUGAUAGUGUGUGGAGGCUUUGGAAGGCUCCAUUUAUUCCAGUCAAGUGAAUAUGAAGAAAUAAAGAUCAAGUUGAUAGAGAGUGCUGCAAUUAAUUUAGGUUUAACUUUGAAAGUUUUGAGCACUCCCAUUACUCUGGAGGAUUUUCAGAAACAAAGAUUUGGUAAAUACAGUGAUGAUGAACAUUUAACGUCGGUUUGUGAGUUUUCAGUCUAUAAAGUUCACAAAUGCAGACAUCCUGAACCUUUGCGAAGAACCCUAUGCCUUUCAGAAACUUGCAUUUUGGAGAGAGAUCCACAGACGUACAAUAUAUGUACUUUGAAACCAUUAGGAUAUAUAUUUGCUUUGGUUAGAGACAAUAAUAAUCCACAGCAAUUCAGUAUAGAAUACAUAGAUGGCCAAAUAAGGACUUACACAGCAAUUGAUAGGGAUUCUCUAUUAGCAUCACUACUUGAUGGAGUUAGAGCUUCAGGAAACAGAGAUGUUCACAUUAAGAUGACCCCGACUGAACGUGGUUUCAGAUUGGGUCUUCUACAAAUACCUGUCGAAGAAGAGCCUGAAAGUAUUCAUGUCAAAUUUUUAUACAACCCCCCUCCCAAAAAAUCUUUCACUGAAUGCGUCAGAAGAUUCAAUGCAAAUGUACCUUACAGUGGUUUAUUAUACAGUGUUACACAAGAUGGAAUUUUUUCGGAGAACAAAGAAAAAAUGAUAAUAGGUGCCUUGAAUGCAUUAGUCAAAAAUGAAGGUGAUCAAAAAACCAUAAGCGUUUUUGAUCUUGAAGCUCAGUUUCAAGCAUUGAGACGUUUGAUUGCCAGCAAAGUAGGAUAUGCAGCAUUCACAACAUUACCAGGAUUCAGAGAAGCUAUUGGUUUAAAAGUGGUGAACGCUCUUAAACGUCAAGAUUUCGCAGUAACACAUGCUGCAAUCGACAUGGUGUGCGCUCUGAUGCACCCCAUGCACGAAGAGAGCGAUUUAAAACAGGAACAACUGAACAAACUGUCGUUACUUCAAACUAAGAGCUUCCUGGAGAACCUUUUAGACAUGUGGACGUUACAUAUCAACCAAGGUACAGGAGCACUUGUCGUUUCGGCCAUGCUGGAUUUUUUGACGUUUGCGCUCUGCGUUCCCUACAGCGAGACUACGGAUGGAAGACAUUUCGACAGUUUGCUCGAUAUGGUAUCUGAAAGGGGGAGAUCCUUAUUCAGACUUUUCCAGCAUCCCUCAAUGGCAGUCGUUAAGGGCGCAGGCCUGGUGAUGCGCGCUCUAAUCGAAGAAGGAGAACCGGAGACUGCGGCCAGAAUGCAAGAACUGGCCCUUGCCGAAGGUGCUCUGCCCAGUCAUCUUCUUGCAGCCCUUUACACUCAAGGAUCUGACGGCAGACUAUUGACCCAUCGUCAGUUAUCCAGGCACCUAGUAGGCCUCUGGGUUACGGGAAACCCCAUAGCGUUGGGACUCCUGAAGAGAAUAUUGCCAACCGGAUUAACUAGUUUUCUAGAUUCCCAAGACAAGGUUCCAGAGAAUGCCGUGGAACAAGAGCUACUAAACCACCGUGAUAAUCUGAAGCUUGCUCAGGACCAUGCGUCUCGUAAUAAGAAAAAUCCCAAUUGGUUGGCCGUUGAGCGUAAAAUAAAACUGAUGGAAAAGCAAGUCGAGCAUUACACCAAUUUGGCUAUGCAACAUUGGGGUGCGAGAGUUGGAUUGUCGGUUGAAAGGAAGGAUAAGAACAGGGAGAGACCUAUUGUGUUGAGAAAGAGAAGGGAGAGGAUCAAGGCAGAGGCGAAUUGGGCUCUUUUUUAUUAUCAGUUUAAUCAGGAUCACGCUCUUCCGAAUCUCAUUUGGAAUCACAAGACCAGAGAAGAGCUACGCAGUGCCUUGGAGAACGAAGUGAGACUUUUCAGCAAUGAUAGGGAAUUGGCUGGAGCAGCUCUGGUGGCUUGGAAUCAUCAAGAAUUCGAACUAACCUAUCACUGUCUGGCAGACGAGAUAAAGAUCGGAGAUUACUAUCUUAGAUUGCUGUUGGAAAUGGAUGAAAAUAACGAUGAUUCACCAAUAAGAAGAUCCUAUGAGUUCUUCAAUGAUCUCUACCAUAGAUUUUUAUUAACAAGUAAAGUAGAAAUGAAAUGUAUGUGUCUUCAAGCUAUGUCCAUUGUUUAUGGACGAUAUUAUGAGGAUAUUGGACCCUUUAGUGAUACUAAAUAUAUUAUAAGUAUGUUAGAAAGAUGUGUGGAUAAAAUGGAGCGUGAUAGGCUCGUUAUGUUCAUCAAUAAACUUAUCCUCCAUCAUAAGAAUGUUAGAGAAAUUGUAGAUGCAGGUGGUGUCAGAAUAUUUGUUGAACUGAUGACACUGGCUCAUCUGCACACCUCAAGAGCUGUGAUACCCACCCAGACAAAUGUUAUAGAGGCCGGUCCUGGCAUGCAAAUUGUGCAGGAGAAAGAAUGGCACUACUUGAGGAGUACAGAAGAGGGUAGACAAGGACCUAUUAGCUUCAAUGAGAUGAAAGACCUCUUCAAUAAAAACGAAAUAAAUCCAAGAACAAGAUGUUGGGCAAUGGGCCUUGAUGGUUGGAAGGCUCUCGCUCAGUUACCCCAAUUGAAAUGGACACUUAUCGCCAAAGGGCAACAAGUGUUGAAUGAGAGUGAAUUGGCGACAUACUUAUUGAAAAUUCUGAUCAAAAUGUGCGAAUAUUAUCCUAGCAGGAACAAAGAUGAUGCGAUCAUACGACCCCUACCCAAGGUCAAACGUAUCCUAUCGGAACCCACUUGUUUGUCGCAUAUAGUUCAACUUCUCUUAACUUUCGAUCCGAUACUGGUAGAGAAAGUUGCUUGUCUGCUAUUCGAGGUGAUGAAAGAUAAUCCCGAGAUAUCGAAGGUUUACACCACAGGGGUUUUCUUCUUCAUUUUGAUGUACACUGGAAGUAACGUACUUCCGAUCGCCAAGUUUCUGCAACUCACCCAUAUGAAACAAGCGUUCAAAUCAGAUGACAAUUCUUCAGAUAUAAUGCAAAGGAGUAUAUUGGGACAACUAUUGCCAGAAGCCAUGGUGUAUUAUUUGGAGAAUCAUGGUGCUGAUAAGUUCGCUCAGAUAUUCUUAGGCGAAUUCGAUACACCUGAGGCCAUCUGGAACACUGAAAUGAGGAGAAUGCUGAUUGAAAAAAUAUCUGCUCACAUCGCCGAUUUCACCCCUCGUUUGAGAAGUCACACAAUGGCUAGAUACGUAUAUAUUCCUAUACCGGCAGUUCGGUACCCUCAGCUCGAGCAUGAACUGUUCUGCAACAUAUUCUACCUGCGACAUCUCUGCGAUAUAACAAAGUUCCCAGAUUGGCCCAUACCCGAUCCAGUUAUGUUAUUGAGAAACGUACUGGAAGCUUGGAAGUCGGAGGUUGAGAAGAAACCUCCGAUUAUGACGGUGGAAGAAGCCUAUAAAACAUUGGAAUUGAACGGAACCCAACACGAGGAGUCUGCAAUUCGAAAGGCUUAUUAUCGUUUGGCUACUAUUUAUCACCCGGAUAAGAAUCCGGCUGGAAGGGAACAAUUUGAAGCCGUCAAUCAAGCGUACGAAUUUUUAUGUAGCAGGAGCAGUUGGAAUGCGGAUGGGCCCAAUCCUCACAAUAUAGUGCUCAUCUUACAAACCCAGAGUAUUUUGUUCCAUCGUUACUCUCAAGAAUUGCAUCCUUAUAAAUACGCUGGGUAUCCCCAGCUUAUAAAGACCAUCAAACUUGAAACGGAGGACGAUCAAUUAUUUUCGAAGAGUGCACCUUUACUUUCUGCUGCAAGUGAACUUGCCUACUUCACAGUGCACUGUUCGUCUUUGAAUGCGGAGGAAUUAAGAAGGGAAAACGGUUUAGAGGUACUCUUAGAUGCAUACACAAGAUGCGUCAAUGUUUUGAGUAAGUCUUCCAAACACAACGACGUUGCUGUUCAUGUCUGUAUGCAUAUUACGAGAUGCUUCAGUGUUGCCGCGAAAUUCCCCGCCUGUAGGGAAAAAAUGGUUGAUCUCAAACAGUUGGUUAGAGAUCUUUGCAGGAUUUUGUAUUUCAAACACCUCACAAGACUUUGCUCGGUAGCAACUGAGUGUGUAAAGGCUCUCUCGAUAGACUCGAUACUUCAACUGGAACUGUUGAAAUCAGGAGCGCUAUGGCAUCUGUUACUAUUCAUGUUCAACUACGAUUUCACAUUAGACGAAGGAGGGGUCGAGAAAAGUGAAGACGCCAAUCAGCAAGAAGUAAGCAAUAGAUUGGCAAAGGAAGCUGUUAAGGCUUGCGCUGCAUUGGGGGGCUAUUUACAAGGGGAAAACCAACCACCUGCAAAUAAUUUAUGCAGAAGUAUUCUGGAGUCUCUCUUGACAGAAUAUCUGGCCAAUCAGCUUGGAAACGAUGAUCACCCAGAAGUGAUACUGAAAACUUUGAAUAGCAAUAGCGAAUCUCCUUAUCUCGUAUGGGAUAACAGUACAAGAGCCGAACUCAUAGAUUUCCUGGAAAAUCAGAGAGAUUCUAGAGGCGAUCCUGAUUUAACUGUUGUGAACGAUUUCAAAUAUUCGGCACACAAGGAUGAACUUAGAAUUGGAGGAAUAUUCAUUAAGAUGUAUAACGAACAACCUGCAUACAUCAUCAAGGAUCCUAAAGACUUCACAACUCAUCUGGUGAAGUUCAUUUCCGAGCAGUACCCGUUCAUACGUAACCUAGAAGAUAUCGCAAUUUCGGUGUCGAUAGAAAAUAGGCUGAAACAAACUGUGAUGGCUCUGGAAGCCUUAACCAAUGUGAUAAGAAACAAUAGCGGCGUCGAAACGCACUGCAUAGGGCACUUUCAACUAUUCUUCGGCCUACUCCACGUCAACUAUACACCAAUACAAAAGGGUGCACUCAAUGUUAUUGCUGUUGUUACUAGAACCAACGAGUGCAUUAACGAUAUCGCUUCGGUAGAGGUCCUAGGAUACCUAUUAUCGCUGCUAUACACUCUGCAGGAGCAACAGUUACAAAUUUUGGCUGUGCUGAACGCCCUCAUGUCAACCACGAAGAUUGUUAAAGAAGCUCUGGGAAAAGGGGCAGUUGUUUAUUUAUUAGAUCUGUUUUGCAAUUCUAACGACCACAAUAUACGUCAAACCUGCGCCGAACUUUUGGCGAAAAUGACGUCUGACAAGUUGGUGGGUCCUAAAGUGAGGUUAGCUCUUGGUGCAUUCCUACCUCCGAUAUUCGCCGAUGCGAUGAGGGACAGUCCCGAGACCGCUGUUAGUAUGUUCGAAUCUCAACAUGAACAUCCCGAAUUGAUUUGGGAUCAAGAUUCGAAAGAUAGAGUAUGUUUAGCUGUUGCCAGGUUACGUAAAGAGCAUCAUAUGGAACAAAUCGUUGCUCCUUCCACUCCAUGGAAGAUGCCAGAUACAAACGGCCUCUCUAACUUUUCAAAUCCGAACGAAGUAAUGGUUGGUGGUGUUUACCUCAGGAUUUUCAUAGCUAAUCCAUCGUGGACGUUACGGAAACCGAAAGAGUUCCUUUCGGAGUUGCUGGAGACUUGCCUUUCCCUUAUGGCAAAGGAUAAACCAAAUGUGGAUUUAUUGGAAAUAUCAACUACAGCUUUAUGUUCGUUAGUCCAAACACAACCGGCACUUCUAGAUUUCAUUCCAGCGAUGGGACAUAUUCCGAGGCUUUGCAGGCAAAUGGGAUCCAAUAUUAGGCAGAUUUGUGUCCCCAAAUCAGCCAUUUUGAUCUUCCAUUCUUUGUCUCUCAGCACCAUAUGCAUCCAUGCUAUUGCCCAAACAGAUUGUAUGCAUUCGCUGAAAAAAGCAAUGCAGGUGCGGAAAGAUAUGGUUGCCGUCGCUUGUGAAGCGCUAAGUCGACUUUUCUCCAACAAUCAAGAACAGCUGGUGAAACAAGCUCUAGAAGCCGAUUUUGUACAGUUCCUAUUAAAUUUACUCGAAGCACGGCUUGAGCUGAUCGAUAAUCCAGCCAUGACAAAAGCGCAAAUCGUUAAGGCGCUGAAGUCGAUGGGAAGAAGUUUAUUAUAUGGAGAUAGAAUAAACGCGAUACUUGAGAAGAGUUCCAUUUGGGCAGAGUUCAAGGACCAAAAACACGAUCUCUUCAUUUGUAAUUCUCCUGUGGCCGGAUAUCUCACAGCUGGAACACCAACUGUUGCCGGAUAUCUAACCCAAGGUCCUAGUAACAAAGUUUCUGUUGCACCACCACCAAUUGAUAAGGAAGAUCCAGUUCUUAAUUUUGAUUUACCUUAGUGUCAUCAACAGCAGGAAUUAAACUGGUUAUUUAAUCUUUACAUUUAUUGCAGUAUUUUUUAACUGUAUAUACAUAUUAUUCCGUGAUUCAAAAUUUUAUAUUAUGUAUAGACAUUCCCAAGACUAAGCAAUAGGUAUCUUAGCAGUGUCGACUGCAAGACAACCGAAAUGUAUAAAAUCACAUUGUACAAAUGCAUUAAAUUUAAGCCAAAAGUACUGUGUAUACUUUAAUUAAAUUAUUUAUAGAGAACAAAAAUUUAUAUUUUCUCUAUCAAAAUAUCGAGUGUAUCUCUUUCCUUUGUUUCCACAUUCUUAAUCCAUUUAUAAUGAAAUAAAUAUUUCUCAAUCA